AUGUCCAAAGCGAAACGAAUCCAGGCGGCCGAGGCUGCUUCGGAUGGAAGCUAUUGCGAGAAAUGUCAAAGGCCGUUUGUUAACGCGAGGGCGCUGCAAAUGCACUAUGAGAACUCGAGCGUGCAUGUUCCUGCAAAGUCGAACUCGAUCUCGAACUUGACCCUGGCUAUCCGCGAGAAAACUACUACCGGCACCAAGUCUGAGACCGAGACGACUACACCCCGUAGCUCAGAGAAAAUCCAGGAUAUCUCGGAGGAUCAUACUCUUGAGCCUUCGGAGCCCACUGUGUAUGGAAACUGGUCAUGCAUUCCACUGGCGGAGCGAGACUCUAUCUUCGCUGCACUCAGGGCGCAAUGCCACUCGGUGGGAGUUCUGAAGUUGGAGGGCUACUUUACCGAGUGCGCCACACCGGCGGAGAUUGAGGCGACCAGAAAGUGUGUUGAUUGUGGUAUGUCAAAGCGCAAGGUGUCGAAAUACUUCUCCUCCGCAUGCCGCUUCCAUCCAGACAGGGAAGAUCUGAAAAAAGGCAUCAUCCGUGGCCGAGGCACAGGCGCCAAAGAGAACUGCGUCAAAUGCGGCGAGCGCGGAAGCAAGAACGGCUGCUGCUCAUCACGCGAGCACACCUUCGGCCCAGCGGACGCCAAAGUCGCAGAUACAAAGCCGUGCCCCUGGUCCUGCGAAAACCCCAAUCCCAAUGUGCGGAAAGCAAUUGCACUAGACUGCGAAAUGGUCGGCGUGGAAGGCCCAAACAAACACGAAGUCAGCGACGUCGUUCGCCUCAAUGCAGUCGACUUCCUGACCGGCGAGAUCCUGGUUGAUAUCUUCGUCCAGCCGGAGGAUAACGUCAUUGCCUGGCGGACUCGGUACAGCGGCGUCUCUUACCCUCUUCUCAGAAAGAUGGUGAAAGAGGGCCGCUCUGUUCGAGGCUGGCAGGCUGCGCGCCAACUCCUCUGGGACCACAUGGACCAGCAAACAAUUCUGAUCGGCCACAACCUCAAGUGUGACCUGGAUGUCCUUGGGAUGGCGCACGCUCGCAUUGUCGACUCAGUCCUCCUUUCACGCCAUGCCGUUGGCCGUUCCUGCCGCCGCUCCUUUGCCCUUAGGAAUCUUGCCCAUGAUUUCCUGGGCAGGACGAUCCAGGCAGGUGACUCAGGGCAUGAUUGUCUUGAGGAUACGUUUGCCACGCGCGAGGUGGUCCUCUGGUGUCUCCGCAACCCGGAGGAGCUGAAUGCGUGGGCGAAUGCUCAAGGGGGCGGUUAUGAUGCGGACAAAUGGGGCGAUAACUAUCCGGUGUGGGAGGUGAAUGAGUGGGUUCCUAACGGGGUUGCUGAGUGGCUGUGA